AUGGCGGACGCCGAGGUCCUCGCUCUCGUACGGCAGCACAAUAAGCCCUUCAACGCAGUCGGCGUGGGAGAUUAUUUGGCAGUCAAAGGAAUCAAGAAAACAGCGGUGCAGAAGGCCCUCGACAGCCUGGCGGCAGCCGGCAAACUCACAGCAAAGGAAUUCGGGAAGACCAAGAUCUACCUGCCACCCCAGGACGGCUUGGAGGUUCUCAGCAAGGAGGAGCUCGAUGCCAAGAAAGCUGAGCUGAAGGCGCUGCAGGCUGAGCUGGCAGAGGAGCAGAAGGGGCUGCGGGAGACAGAGGAGGAGCUGCGGGGCUGGGAGACGAGCCUCACGGCGGAGCAGCUGCGGAAGCAAGUAGAGGAGCUCAAAGCAAAGGCGGCCGCGCAGGCGACCAAGCUCGAGGGGCUCAGCAGCGGCGCGACGCUGGUCACGGCGGACGAGCGGGCGGCGGUGGAGAAGGCGUUUGUUGCGGCCAUGGACGCGUGGCGCAAGCGGCGGGGCAUCUUCCGGGGCAUCUGGGACACCAUCAGCGAGGGCCUGGAGGGCAAGCAGGCCGACCUCUUUGAGGAGAUCGGCGUGGACACGGAUGAGGCAGCAGGCGUGAGCUUCGGGGAGAUCUCGCAGCUGCUGCCCAACCCCAACAAGAGGCGCAAGGUGUGA